AUGGAUGAUUAUACAGUAUCAUUGGAUCCUGAAACAGAAAUGUUCUGUUCGUUAUACUUAUUCAAAAAUGUGCAAAAUUCUGAUGAAAUACGUAAAAAAGUUAUGGAUGGAACACUUUCUUGUUCUAUUAUAAAAGCAGCACUUGUAGUAGAUCCUUUGCAAAUUAUAAUAGCUGCUAAUAAAGCUGCAAUAAAUGCAAAGAUGAAUCAACUUACUACAAAAAGCAUAUAUACUGAAAUUUUGUUUAAUUUAUCAAUAUCAAAGAAUAUAUCACGUAUAUUAACAGAAUUUGGUAUUAGUGAUAAAGAUGAAAAUAUAUUAAUAGUAUUAAUGCAUAAAAAAUGUGAUAAAAAAUCAAUGUCAGAGAUACUUAUGGAUAGUAUAAAAGGAGAAAGAAUAUCAAUUUCAAGAUUAUUUGAGUUUACAGAUUUUGAGUUAGUAAAAAAGAUAUAUAAAAUUGAAAAAGAUGAAUUGGAUAUUUCUACUUUUACUAAUUCUAUUGUUUCUAGAAUUAGUUGCAAAGAUUUUAUAUCACUGAAGUAA